AUGUUUCCUUUGAAAGACACUGAGAUGGGUGCCUCCACCUUCUUUGCCUCAGCUCUGCCACAUGAUGUUUGUGGAAGUAAUGGACUUCCUCUGACACCCAACUCCAUCAAAAUUUUGGGGAGAUUCCAAAUCCUGAAAACAAUCACCCAUCCCAGACUUUGCCAGUAUGUUGACAUCACCAGAGGUAAACACGAGAGACUGGUUGUGGCGGCUGAACACUGUGAAAAGAGUCUGGAAGAUUUGCUACGAGAAAGCAAGCCAGUCAGUUCUUCAAGGAUCUUAUGCAUAGCAUAUGAGGUUUUGCAAGGCUUGCAAUAUAUGAACAAACAUGGAAUGGUCCACCGAGCGCUUUCCCCUUGCAAUAUUCUUUUGGAUCGAAAGGGACAUGUGAAGUUGGCUAAAUUUGGACUCUACCAUAUGACUGCUCAAGGUGUUGAUGUUGAUUUUCCUAUAGGGUACCCAUCAUAUCUGGCACCUGAAGUAAUUGCACAGGGAAUAGUCAAACCAAGUGAUCAUACUCAGUGUGAGAAGCCUCUGCCUUCUGGCCCUAAAUCAGAUCUGUGGUCUCUUGGUAUAAUAUUAUUUGAGCUUUGCAUGGGGAGAAAAUUAUUCCAGAGUUUGGAGAUAGCAGAAAGAUUGAAAUUUAUAAUUAUGUUAGGCUGUGUAGAUGAUAUUGUAACUGUAUUGGCUGAAGAACAUGGUUGCCUUGCUAUUAUUAAGGACCUUUCUGAAAAUAUCAUAGUUCUAUUGAAGAAAUGCCUUACAUUCCAACCUUCUAAGAGGCCAACUCCAGAGGAACUGCUGCAUGACAGUUUGUUCGGUGAAGUAUCCUCAGUAUAUCCUCCCUUCCACAAACCUACUGGUCUGUUUUCAUCUGCUCCAAGGUGUGCUGAUUUAACGCUUCCUGAAGACAUAAGUCAAUUAUGUAAAGAUGAAGAUAGUGAUUACCUAGCAGAACGAUCAAUUGAAGAAGUUUAUUAUCUCUGGUGUUUGGCUGGAGGAGACUUGGAGAAAGAACUUGUCAACAAGGAAAUCAUUCGAUCAAAGCCACCUGUCUGCACACUUCCCAACUUUUUAUUAGAAGAUGGUGAGAGCUUUGGUCAAGGACGAGAUAGAAGUUCCCUCCUAGAUGACACAACUGUGACAUUGUCUCUGUGCCAGCUCCGAAAU